AUCCUCCUUCCUGACAUUUUCAAAUGUUCUUUCUUUCAGAAAAUAGAGAGGCUGAAAGGAGAGCUUCACCUUCUGGAUGCAGAGAGCAAACAAAAGAACAAGCAUACUUUUUUUGUUGAUUCCAAAAAAGAAGUGCAAACGUUCGACCUGGCAGGUCAUCUUAACACCGCCCCAGAGCUGGUGGAUCGAGUGUACAAUAGACCAACUCUGCAAACACUGGAAACUAAGACCAUCAAAGGAACCAUGGAACCAAAAAUCAUUCAGAAACUGGCCAGACAGAGAAAGCACCAGUAUAAAAUCCUUUCCCAGAGGAUUGACAGAGAGAGGAAAAUGUUUGUUAUCAGUCAGAAAAUUCAGACUCGUAAAGAUCUACAGGAUAAAAACAAGAAAGUCAAGGUGAGAAAGGAAACCCAGAAUUCUGCUGCUAUUUACAAGUUUGAGUCCAAGAGGAAACGUUAAUGACAAACUGUGGAUGACUGACAAAAUAUGUUUUGGGAUAAGAGGUCGACAAAAUAACAAACCCAGCCACCAUCCCAGCAGAUAAAGAAUCUUUUCCAGCAAAUUGUUGCAUUUUUCCUCCUUUUUUUCAUAUUUAUGUAAACAUUUUAGUUUCUAUUGAAUAAAAACAAUGAUGUCAUUCAUGCCCUGGUCAUUCUCUCAAAUGGGGUUAAAAUAUUUUGUUACCAGUAGGGGGCAUUGG